AUGGAGGCCACAGACCAAACCAGCACGGCCGCUACGACUGCAUCUCCGAUCGCGGCUACCAUUGGGCCUACAGCAGGAGCGGCCGAUCUGAAUCCUGUUGUCGCAGCCGACGAUCAUGAUCGUGAUUCUUUGGCGGACUCCGAAAGCAUUGCGACCGAGUCAACUGCUUCUCUUGCCGAGAGUAUUGCCGAAUACCGUAGAAUUCAUGGUCGAACUUAUACGCAAAAGGCCGAUUACUGGGGCCCAAACGAUGAGCAGCAAAACAAAGGGCUUGAUCUCGCGCACUACUGGGAAACCCUCCUCCUCGGCGACAAGCUUUUCCUAUCGCCACUGGGAAAUGGCCCGAUGAAAGUCCUCGAUUUGGGUACCGGUACUGGUAUUUGGGCAAUUGACUUCGCCGACGAGUUCCCGUCUUCCGGAGUAACGGGUGUCGACAUCUCCCCCAUCCAGCCUGGGUGGGUGCCCCCAAACUGCAAGUUCCAAAUCGACGAUGUCGAACAGCCGUGGACAUGGACACCCAACUUCGAUUUCAUUCACCUCCGCCACAUGGAGGCCUGCAUCUCCGACUGGAAAGCUUUCUACAAGAAAAUCUAUGACCACCUCAAGCCCGGCGGUUACUUUGAAAUCAAGGACUUUGACAUUGAGUUCCGCUCUCAGGCGUACGGGGACUCUCUCCCGGAAGACCACGUCUACCGCCGAUGGGGCCAGGUCUUCUUCGAGGCUGCAAACCGGCUCGGCAAGUCCAUGGACCAGUCCCGGGGCGGCCACAAGAUCGCUGACGCCAUGAGAGACGCCGGUUUCGUCGACGUUGUGGAGAGGAGCUGGCCUGUGCCUAUCGGGGGCUGGCCGAAGGAUCCCACGCUGAAGGAGGUUGGGAUUUGCAACCUAGAGUUCCACGACCAAUCACUGGAGGGCUUCUCCAUGUUUUUGUUGACUCAGGUGAUGGGUUGGGAGACAAUACCGGCAGGGGUAUUCGUCGCCGAGGCACGCAAAGCUCUCAAGGACCCAAAGCUUCAGACGGUGAUAUACUUGCAAGACGUUUACGGACGCAAGCCCGAGGAUGCAGUUUAA